CUCCAUAGAAACGCGCCAGAAACGCCGCUGACCCUCGUCAGGUGUUCCCGGGAGAGGAGGCCGGGCGAGGGAACUAGAGCGAAGGAAGUUUAGGGAAGUAAGUUAGGCCCUGAAGAGGUCGCUGCAGGUUCAGGAGAGACUCAAGUCCUUGUGUGGGUCUAUUUGUAGAAAAGGCGGGGAGAGGGGCGGCCUGUCGGCCUCUAGGUCCUGACAAGAGACAAGAAAUGAAUGAAGAAAGAGGAGGUUCCACGACCUAGACAGUGUCAUUUCUGGAGCACUUUUGACUGGCUACUAGAUUUCUAACUAGAAAUUUGGGGCAUAUCCGGAAGAGACAAAGACAGAAUAUCCCAGUUGUUGGCCAUUUCUCAAAACAGAAGAAAAUGAUCAAUGCCCAGAAAUCACUGACACUGGAGGACGUGGCCGUGGACUUCUCCCGGGAGGAGUGGCGGCUCCUGGCCCCCGCCCAGAAGGACCUGUAUCGAGAUGUGAUGCUGGAGAACUACAGGAACCUGGUGUCAGUGGGGCAUCAAGCCAGCAAACCAGACGUGCUCGCCAAGCUGGAACGAGGGGAAGAACCGUGGGCGAUAGAAGAGGAAGUCCGCAGUGGAACCAGUCCAGAAACUGGCAAAGUUGAUAAUCACCUGCAGGGUCACUGGGAAGAUGAAAGAAUGCUGAAAGGUAUGGAACUGUACCCCGAAUACAAUGCAUUCGGAAAUAUCGUCCCUCAAAGCAAAAGUCAUUUUCCUUUCAGGCAAAAUCAUAUGUUUGAGUUCUAUAUAAAAACUUUGAAAUCAAAUUUAAGUUUAGCCAACCAGAGCAAGAUCUAUGAAAUUAGGAACUCUACAAAAGUCAACGGAAGUGAGAAAUCAUUUCUGCAUGAUAAGCGUGAAGAUUUUCAUUCUGCGGUUAAAUUCCCUGUUAGUACAAGACCCGUCAGCAAUAAGUCCCAAGUCACUAAGCAUCAGAGAACUCACGAAAUAGAGAAAGCCCAUGUGUGUGGUGAAUGUGGAAAAGCCUUCGUUAAGAAGUCUCAGCUGACAGAUCAUCACAGAGUUCAUACAGGAGAGAAACCUUAUGGAUGCAAUAUUUGUGCAAAAGUUUUCUCCAGAAAGUCCAGGCUCAACGAACAUCAGAGAAUUCAUAAAAGAGAGAAAUCCUUUAUAUGCAACGAUUGUGGAAAAAUCUUCACCAUGAAGAGCCGUCUAAUUGAACACCAGCGAACUCACACUGGAGAGAAACCCUAUGUUUGCAGCGAAUGUGGCAAAGGUUUCCCAGGGAAGCGUAAUCUCAUUGUGCAUCAGCGAAAUCAUACUGGAGAGAAAUGCUACGUAUGCAGUGAAUGCGGGAAAGGCUUCACUGGGAAGAGCAUGCUCAUCAUACACCAGCGAACUCACACCGGAGAGAAACCCUACGUCUGCAGCGAAUGUGGCAAAGGCUUCACCACGAAGCACUACGUCCUCAUACAUCAGCGAAAUCACACGGGAGAGAAACCCUAUCUAUGCGACGAAUGUGGGAAAGGUUUCACCAUGAAGAGUCGACUGAUUGAACAUCGGCGAACUCACACCGGAGAGAAACCCUAUGUAUGCAACGAAUGUGGAAAAGGCUUUCCCAGGAAGAGUAAUCUCAUGGUACAUCAGAGAAAUCAUACGGUAGAGAAGUCCCACGUAUGCAGUGAAUGCGGGAAAGGCUUCACUGUGAAGAGCAUGCUCAUCAUACACCAGCGAACUCACACCGGAGAGAAACCCUACGUCUGCAGCGAAUGUGGGAAAGGCUUCCCCCUGAAGAGUCGGCUGGUCGUACAUCAGCGAACACAUACCGGAGAGAAACCUUACAGAUGCAGUGAAUGUGGGAAAGGUUUCAUUGUGAACAGCGGACUGAUGUUACAUCAGCGAACUCACACUGGAGAGAAACCCUAUAUAUGCAAUAAAUGUGGAAAAGGCUUUGCCUUUAAGAGCAAUCUCGUGGUACACCAGCGAACUCACACCGGAGAGAAACCCUUUACGUGCAGCGAAUGUGGGAAAGGCUUCACCAUGAAACGCUAUCUCCUCGUACAUCAACAAAUCCAUACAGGAGAGAAAUCCUACGUCUGCAGCGAAUGUGGUAAAGCCUUCGCCGUGGAAACCGAGCUCAUUUUACAUCAGCAAAUUCAUACUGGAGAGAAACCUUAUGCAUGCAAUGAAUGUGGGAAAGGCUUCACUGUGAAAAGCCGUCUAAUCGUUCAUCAGCGAACUCAUACGGGAGAGAAACCUUUUAUAUGCGGUGAAUGUGGAAAAGGCUUCUCCUCAAAGAGAAAUCUGAUUGUACAUCAGAGAACUCAUAAUGGAAACAAACCCUAAUGACACAAUGAACGCGAGAAGUCCUACACGUGUGGUGAGUGUGGAAAAGGCUUCACCAUGAAGCGCUAUCUGAUCGCACAUCAGCGGACUCACAGUGGAGAGAAACCUUAUGUCUGUGACGAAUGUGGAAAAGGCUUCACCGUGAAGAGCAACCUCAUUGUGCAUCAGCGAACUCACACAGGGGAGAAACCCUACAUAUGCACCGAAUGUGGGAAAGGCUUCACCAUGAAGCGUUAUCUUGUUGUACAUCAGCGAACUCAUACCGGAGAGAAACCCUAUAUAUGCGGCGAAUGUGGAAAAGGCUUCACUGUGAAGAGUAAUCUCAUUGUGCAUCAGCGAUCUCAUACUGGGGAAAAAUCUUACAUGUGCUCUGAAUGUGGAAAAGGCUUCACCACAAAGCGCACCCUCGUUAUACAUCAGCGAACUCACACAGGAGAGAAAUCUUACCUAUGUAAUGAAUGUGGAAAAGGCUUCACCACAAAGCGCACCCUCGUUAUACAUCAGCGAACUCAUACAGGUGAGAAACCCUAUGAAUGCAGGGAGUGUGGUAAAGCCUUUAGCCAGAAGAUCUGCCUCAUACAACAUGAGAGAUGUCAUACAGGAAAGACUCCCUUUGUGUGUACUGAGUGUGGCAAAUCCUAUUCUCACAAAUACGGUCUCAUUACUCAUCAGAGAAUUCACACGGGGGAGAAACCCUAUGAGUGCAGUGAAUGUGGGAAAGCGUUCACCACAAAGUCAGUACUCAACGUCCAUCAAAGAACUCACACAGGAGAGCGACCCUAUGGAUGCAGCGAUUGUGAGAAAGCCUUCUCCCACUUGUCAAACCUUGUUAAACAUAAGAAAAUGCACACGAGAGAAACGGGUAGAUUCAGUCAGGUUGGAAAUUCCUUUAACACAGAGUCGAGGCUCAUUACUUAACGAGUGAACUCGUGCAAAACAAAAGCCCUUUGAAUGUGAUGCCUUCUGUGGCAACCAAGACUUCGUUAAACAUCACUGUUUC